AUGGAUUCCCGUGUGCGAAACUACGUACAUAACUGUCCACAAUCGGAAUCCACAUCAGCUUGUUACUCAGCCUCUCUUUACAAUUUGGUUGCUGGCUCUUCUUCCUCAGUAGUCCAUUCGUUUGACUUGGGCCUUGUUUCUCCUCCUUUCGUUUUCGCCGGUCUUUGUCUUGUCCUCGCUGGCUUACUGGCCGCCCCUCUUCGCUGGCUGGCAUAUCAUGAUCAUCACCUCUCCUCCCUAGAGGCCAAUCCAAUCGUAACAACUACCACAGCUGUCCCAGAGCCCUCUAAUAUCGUCGGCGUGAUGAGUGGUCAAGCUAAUUUGGCUGGGACAGCCAAGGACACAGAAAAAAUUGCAGUAACUCAAUUAAACAUAAGACAAAAGUAUGACGAAGAGAAAAAGCAAAGUAUGGGUAUGUUUGGAAGAAUAGAGAUGCAUGAGCAAGCGGAAGCGGAAUUGGAGGAUAGAGGGAUAUCGGACAUACUCAGAGAUAAGAGCAAGGAUAGCUUAACGCAUGCUCCUCGGACUUCUCGGAUUUCAAAAUGGCUUUCCGGUCCAAACUCUCUCGUUACCACAGCUGCUAACGCACUACCUACUGCUGCUGAGACUACUGUUGCUGCUGUUGCAACUACUUUCGACAAGGCAGCAACUUCUGAUAUUGAGACUGGCUAUCAUGACCGAUCUAUUCAAAGCAAGGAGAGCUUCUCUACCGACUCCACAAACCAGGAUUCUGGAGGUGAAGAGGAUAACGAUGCAGAAGAGGAUGGGAGCAGCGUAGACAGUGAUGACAAUGUUAGCACUAAUAGUAGCACUAAUAAUAGCGAUGAGGAAGAAGAUGAUGAUGGGGCUUCUCUUAAUAAUUCAUCCGGCUCUGUGAGACGUUGGCACCCAGUGAUUGAGCCGGGCCAUUCACUUAAUACUGGAUCUGAGUCUAUAUCUGUCUCUGAAAGUAAGCUUAUUACUAUACACUUAUACUCACUUAUUUACAACUUGAUUUUGAUGCUACAUGUAAUUGUUCUUCCAAAGCUUGUUAUCUCUCUUCCAUUACACUUUAGUUCAUAA